CCAGCCAAACCUAGGAGACAAAAUCAUCUGACAACAAAAGCAAGCAGGCAAAAACACCUCUUUCUUCCUCUCUGAUUUUGAUGGCUUCUUUGACUUUGCCAUCGUCUUAUUCAACUUCCCUCUCUUCUUCUUCCUCUACUUGUCUCUUCUCUUCUUCUUGCUCCUCUCUCAGACACACAGCCUUCGUUCCCAAACGAACCCGCCUUCCCAGCUACGUAGUAAAUUGUGAAAUCAAUAAACCAGUGGAUGAGAAGCCUAUUAUUCCAAUCAUUAAUGACGAGACACUUCCAGCAUUCUUGCAAGCCAAACGCUUACAAAAUGCAGUUAGAAGUAACAACACCAAGCUGAAGAUAUUUUCCGGAACUGCAAAUCCUUCACUUUCUCAGGAAACUGCUUGGAACAUGGGGCUUGAACUGGGAAAGAUCAACAUCAAGCGCUUUGCUGAUGGUGAAAUUUAUGUCCAGUUGCAGGAGAGUGUUCGAGGCUGUGAUGUUUUCUUGAUUCAGCCGACUUGCCCUCCAGCCAAUGAAAACCUCAUGGAGCUUUUGGUGAUGGUAGAUGCAUGCCGAAGGGCUUCAGCCAAAAGAAUUACCGCGGUGAUUCCAUAUUUUGGAUAUGCCAGAGCCGAUAGGAAGACACAAGGUCGUCAAUCCAUUGCUGCCAAAUUGGUCGCAAAUAUGAUAACGAAAGCAGGUGCAGAUCGUGUUCUUGCUUGUGAUCUUCACUCUGGGCAAUCCAUGGGCUAUUUUGACAUUCCAGUGGAUCAUGUGUACUGUCAGCCUGUUAUACUUGAUUACCUCGCUAGCAAGAAGAUUUCUUCCAAUGAUCUGGUGGUGGUCUCUCCUGAUGUUGGAGGAGUUGCUAGAGCACGUGCUUUUGCAAAAAAGUUAUCAGAUGCACCUUUAGCCAUUGUCGACAAAAGACGCCAGGGCCACAAUCUUGCUGAGGUUAUGAACCUGAUUGGUGAUGUUAAAGGAAAAGUUGCAGUCAUGUUGGAUGACAUGAUUGACACAGCAGGGACUAUUGCCAAAGGUGCAGCACUUCUGCACGAUGUGGGAGCAAGGGAAGUUUAUGCAUGCUGUUCACAUGCUGUUUUUAGCCCCCCAGCUGUUGAAAGGUUGUCAAGUGGUCUAUUUCAAGAGGUUAUCACUACAGACACAAUUCCAGUGAUGGACAAAAACUAUUUCCCACAGCUGACUGUUCUUUCAGUUGCAAACCUUCUUGGUGAAACAAUUUGGCGCGUGCAUGAUGAUUCUUCUGUGAGUAGCAUUUUCCAGUAGGUAGGAAUACAACCCCUCAUUUACGCCUUCUGAUUGACUAACUCGCUUGUUUAGCUUCUUCAUGCAACUUUUUUCUUCAGAAUUUUUCUCCCUUAUUUCACUGGAUCCUCCACUGGCAUGAAAUUCCUUUUACUUUCUCUACCUUUGGCUUUGUAGCUGCCAGCAGAGUGAACAAUAUCAUCUAUAGUGUUUUCACACUUGUUUUUCUUUGUAGCCAAACCUAUAGAAACCAUUACAUUUUCAAAAUAUUUUAGUAGGAUCAAGGAAACUAAAAGGGGCCAGCACCCAGCACUACAGAAUUGAAUGAACAGGAGUCUCACCACAUAUAUAUUUAUGUGAGACUUGGAAGAAUAAAUUCUUUAGACUGGUUAGUGGUUAGGUGGUUUGGACAUGUGAGCAGGAGCACAGACACCCCGGUGAGGAGGUGUGAGAGGUUGACAUUGGAGGGCCUACGGAGAGAUAGAGGUAGGCCGAAGAAGUCGGGAGAGGUAAUCAGGCAAGACAUGGCGCAACUUCAGUUGAUCGAGGACAUGACCCUUGAUAGGAAGGUGUGGAGAUUGAUGAUUAGGGUAGUAGGGUAGGUGGUCUAGAUUGUUCAUACCGGUAGUAUUAGUAUGCACUCUCGCAUUCUGUUGGUAGUAGGUUUCUAUGACUACCUAUCGUUUUCUUUCAUUUUGAUCAUCUUAUUAUCGUGUUGUUUUUAUGCUGCUUUUACAUGGCUUUUUGGUGUUGUCCCUC